CCCAGAACAAAGGUCUUACUUUCCCAGCCUCAGACUCCACCGCUGCUUUGGACACAUCUGUAUUUCGUGAAGCGACGCUAAACUGGGGGUUAAAAAAUAAUAUUACCUUCCAAUCGAAUAGAACUGGUAGGGGGAAAAAUGAAUAAAUCCGUUGAGGAUUCAGGAAAUCGUGUCACCAUCAACAACCCAGCAGACAUCGCUGUAAUUAUUGGCUACUUUGUGAUUGUCAUUGGAGUUGGAAUUUGGUCAAUGUUUAAGACUAAUCGCGGCACAGUAGGUGGCUACUUUCUCGCUGGGCGUACGAUGGUGUGGUGGCCAGUAGGAGCUUCUCUAUUUGCGAGCAACAUCGGCAGUGGCCAUUUUGUUGGCCUCGCAGGAACGGGUGCUGCCAGUGGGAUCGCUGUAGGCAGUUUUGAGUGGAACGCUUUAUUCAUUGUGCUGCUGCUGGGAUGGCUGUUUGUACCUGUGUAUUUGACAGCUGGAGUGAUCACUAUGCCACAAUACCUGAAGAAGAGAUUUGGUGGGACUAGGAUCAGUUUGUACCUCUCGGUCAUCUCACUUUUCCUCUACAUCUUCACUAAGAUCUCUGUGGACAUGUUCUCUGGAGCAGUGUUCAUACAGCAAGCCCUCGGUUGGAAUAUCUACAUCGCAGUCAUUGCUUUGCUUUCCAUAACAGCGCUCUAUACUGUGACAGGUGGUUUGGCAGCUCUGAUGUAUACCGACACAGUCCAGACCUUUGUGAUCAUUGCUGGAGCCUUUGUCCUCAUGGGAUUCUCCUUUUAUGAGGUUGGAGGCUACAGUGCUUUACUAGAUAAAUAUAGUUCAGCUUUACCAUCGAUAAGCCUGUCCCCAGACCUACAGCGUCUUAACAUCUCCCCACACUGUUACACGCCGCGUGAGGACGCCUUCCACCUGCUGAGGGAUCCUGUGAAUGGAGACCUGCCAUGGCCUGGUGUGUUAUUUGGCAUCGCUAUUGUAGGAGGAUGGUACUGGUGCACUGACCAGGUCAUUGUUCAGCGCUGUUUAGCUGCCCGCAGUCUGACUCAUGUCAAAGCUGGAUGCAUCUUGUGCGGCUACUUGAAACUGCUGCCUAUGUUCCUCAUGGUGUUCCCAGGCAUGAUCAGCAGAGUCCUUUACCCUGAUGAGGUCGGGUGUGUGGUGCCAGACGAAUGUAAGAGAGUGUGUGGGACAGAAGUUGGCUGCUCUAACAUCGCUUACCCCAAACUGGUGGUCUCCAUCAUGCCCAGUGGUCUGAGAGGAUUAAUGCUGGCCGUCAUGCUUGCAGCCCUCAUGAGCUCUUUAGCCUCCAUCUUCAACAGCAGCAGCACCUUGUUCACCAUGGACAUAUGGACACGCAUCAGGCCUCAAGCCCGAGACAGAGAGCUCAUGAUAGUUGGAAGGAUAUGGGUGCUCUGCAUUGUUGCAAUCAGCAUUUGUUGGAUCCCUGUGGUCCAGGCCGCCCAGAGUGGUCAGUUAUUCGACUAUAUCCAGUCAGUAACUAGUUACCUGGCCCCGCCUAUAGCAGCAGUCUUCUUUCUGGCUAUUUUUGUGAAGCGAGUUAAUGAGUCGGGGGCUUUUUGGGGCCUGACGGGUGGCCUGGUCAUGGGUUUGUGCCGCAUCGGUCCUGAAUUCUACUUUGGAUCGGGUAGCUGUCUCAUUCCUUCCAAAUGCCCUUCACUUAUUUGUGGGGUUCAUUACCUGUACUUUGCGGUGCUGCUCUUCUUCUGUACUGGCAUUCUAGUGCUCCUCGUGAGCUACUGCACAUCACCUAUAGACGACAAACACCUUCAUCGGCUUGUCUUUAGCUUGCGAUACUCGAAGGAAGAGAGGGUAGAUCUGGACUGGGAGGAAGAGGAACGAGGAAGGAAUGCUCGCAGAGAAGCGGAGGAAAAAAAUAAAGCCGUGUGUGACGAGGACAAAACUGGAAACGGGCGUAAAUCUGGACUUUCCCGUUUAAUCGCCUGGUUCUGUGGCUUAAGUGGAUCUCAGGCUCCUGAACUGACCGAAGAAGAAGUCAUAGAAGCAGCCAAAGAACUGCCAGAUAUAAGUGAAGACCCAGUCUGGAAGCACGUUGUCAAUGCCAAUGCACUGAUCAUGAUGGCAGUGGCUGUCUAUUGUUGGGGUUUCUACGCAUGAGAGGAACUUGUUAUACAUCACUUUAUACCUUACCUAUCUAACGUCAUCACGGCUUGUACAUUGUAUGGCUGUAUGUAUUCAGUAUCUUAAAGUAUCCUGUUCAUCUAUUGAGCAUGAACACUGCACGCAGGCUUUGCUCUGAUUGUUGGUCAGUAUGAAUUAAUUUGGUAUCAAAACCGAGGGCAGACUAAAGUUCUGUCCUUUUAUUAUUUAUUACAAUGUUAAACCCCACCCCCCACAAUGUCAUUUCACACUGCAUCAGAGCCAAGCGUACAGUAUCUUCCACCUUCUUGUAAUUAAUAAAAGAAACUUUCACAAGUGGCA